CCCGUGAAUUCCGGGAGAGACUUGACGUUUGACGUACAGUGUUUUUGCCCUUUGAAUCGAUAGAAAAAUUUCGUGUGAAAAUGUUUAAAUAAUGUAAGGAUCCCUCAAAAUGAGCAGGAUGGUGAGAAAUGUCUGUCCAGGUGGAGGCCUCUUCGUCGUCGAGGGUGAGGUCAGCCUCCUGAUGACGGCGAUGCGACGAGGAGUCAGAUGGUCAUCCCAUUCCCACCAGGAUGAGGAUCAGGACAUUCUCAUGAAAGGAUUGUCGACCCUCAAGGAAGCCCUGAGUGAUGCCAGAAAUUUAUCACAGCUGGAACCUGGUGCUUUCCUGGCGCCUUUCCUGGAGAUUAUUCGGUCAGAGGAGACCACUGGGCCUGUCACGAGUCUAGCACUUGCUGCUGUCAAUAAAAUGAUUUCGUAUGGCUUGAUAGAUCAUGAGCACCCAGCGAUUGGUCCCUGCGUCGAGGCGAUAGCCGAUGCAGUAACACACGCUCGUUUCGUGGGUACAGACGCCUCAGGUGACGGUGUAGUCCUGAUGAGAAUUCUUCAGGUGUUGCGUACCCUAGUGCUCUCCCCAGCAGGUGAUUACCUCUCGGACGAGAGCAUCUGCGAGAUAAUGCUGAGUUGCUUCAGAAUUUGCUUCGAGACACGUCUGAGCGAAUUGCUUCGUCGAACAGCUGAGCACUGCCUCCGUCACAUGUGCCAACACCUGUUCGUACGACUCCCCCACUUCGGUGAAGAUACACGAGUCCUCCCGAACAUGAAGAAAAUGCGAACGAGCGGCCCUGAGAACUCUCGGUCAAAGACUCGACGACUGAAGAAUCAGUCAAAACAGAAGAUCAAUCAAAAUGCGGACGAAGUGGAUGACUCUGAGACGAAGGAGCUGCUGAGUCCUGUGGAUCGUGUGAGGGCAGGUCAUCUGGCAACGACACCAGUCACACCAGCAGGAAAUAUUGUCGAUAUGCAGGGGUCCCUGAACCAAAGCACUCCAGAUAAACCAGACGACGAGAAAAUCCCAAAAAUCGACAGUCCAGGGCAAGAGAGCCCUCAGGAGCAGCUUUCACCCCCUGGUGAAAGUCCUCAGGCCCCAGAGGGCCCCUCCACUGAAGCUGAACCAGGAGAAGAGUCUGAGAAACCAGAAAAUAUCGAGCCCCAGCCCCAGCUCCAGAACGAAGGAGAAAAAAGCCCUGAAUUAAUUCAGUCACCAACCGGAAGUGUGGAGGACCUCUCGGUGGAGGAAACACCUGUACCACCCACUGAAUCAACUGUUCCGACCAUCAAAGUUGACUCAGAUCAUCUCGAGGAGUACGUGAACCCACAGGGGGUGCGUUUCACUCCUCUGCAGCAAUUAUCGCCUUACGGUGCGCUCUGUAUUCGUGAACUCUUCCGCUUCCUCGUCUCCCUCUGCAAUCCCCUGGAUAAACAGAAUACCGAGGUGAUGACUCAUCUGGGCCUGUCCCUCCUGCAGGUAGGCCUGGAGAUAUCCGCUGAUGCCCUGUCAAAUUUUCCUUCCCUUCUGUCGCUGGUCAAAGAUGAGCUCUGCAGAAACUUAAUUCUUCUGCUGAACACUGAGAGACUCUCUAUCCUCGCCGCUGAUCUUCAGGUCUCCUUUCUGCUCUUCGAAUCCCAACGGGAACACCUGAAGUUCCAGCUGGAGCACUAUAUUCUGAAGCUCAUGGAGAUUGUGAAUUCAGACUCGAACAGGAUAUCGUACGAGCAGAGAGAGCUAGCCCUGGAGGCCAUCACUCGUCUUUGGAGAAUUCCAGGACUGCCAGCAGAGUUGUACCUGAACUACGACUGCGGCCUGUACUCUAGUAAUUUGUACGAGGACCUCAUGAAGAUGCUGUCAGAGCACGCCUCCGCCCUGAUGGGGACAAUGUACAGUAUUCAAUUCAUAUCCCUAGAUGCAAUAAUCCAGCUGAUAGCUGGUAUCGAGGCACGAUGCAAGGGGUACAAGGAAUUCUGCAAGCCCUCACGUCACUCUUCCUCAGUCUCCCUUCCGUCUCGAGAUGAUCUGCUGGUGACGAAAGCCAAUAAACGUUGGCUAGCCCUCGGCACUGAGAAAUUCAACGAAAAUCCAAGGGAGGGAAUUUCAAAACUGAUGGAACACGGUCUCCUGGGGGAUGUUCCAGGUGAGCCAGACCCAGAGAAAAUAGCAAAACUCCUGCGAGAGAACCCCAUGAUGGAUAAAAAAGCAAUUGGUGAAUACAUAAGUCGAAAGGAGAAUAAAAACAUCCUCAACUGCUUCGUCCAGAAUUUCGAUUUGAGGGAUACGAGGAUAGAUCAAGCCUUGCGAUCGUAUUUGGAGUCAUUCAGGCUCCCAGGGGAAGCUCCACUGAUAUCCUUACUCCUGGAGAAAUUCGCUGAUCACUGGCACGACAGCAAUGGUCGACCCUUCGCCUCUGCUGAUGCUGCUUUCACCCUGGCAUACGCUGUGAUAAUGCUGAAUGUCGAUCAGCACAAUUACAAUGCAAAGAGGCAGAGCAAUCCAAUGACGCCUGAUCAAUUCAAGCGAAACCUGAAGAAGGUCAAUGGGAAUGCUGAUUUCGACCAGGACAUGCUGGACGAGAUCUACAAUUCCAUAAAGAACGAGGAGAUCGUGAUGCCAGCUGAGCAGACAGGACUCGUAAAGGAGAAUUAUCUCUGGAAGGUGUUGCUGAGGAGGGGAGCAUCUUCAGAGAGUCUCUACCUGAAGGUGGCAAACGAGGGGGAAUUCGUGGACAAGGAUCUCGCAGAGAGAGCCUGGGGCCCCAUAAUCAGUGCACUCUGUCGAGCCUACGAUAAAGCACCCGAUCGUGCCCUCCAGAGGCGAGUAGCUCAGACAUUCCUCUGCUGUGCAGCCAUCAGUGCUCAUUAUAAUAUGACGAGUGAUCUAGACACUCUCAUCGUAUCCCUCUGCAAAUUCACUGGUCUAGCAACAGGUGGCGAGCCCGAUCAGGUGGUUCUACAUCUUGGGGGAAGUGGAAGAUGCCAAUUGGCAGCGAGAACUCUCUUCAGGAUCACCCACUCCCAUGGUAACGGUGUCAGGGCAUCCUGGAAGAAUAUCAUCGACUGCAUGCAAACCCUCUACAAAUCUCGAUUGCUCCCGCAAUGUUUGACUGAUGGUGAGGACUUUCUCGAUCCAUCGGGGAAGGUCACUCUGAUCAGAGAGCCAACAACACCGAAGGCACCACCCCAGGAACAGGGAAUACUCUCGAGUCUUUACUCUUACAUCGCUUUGGACACUACAAGGCUGCCACACCCAGCAGAGGCCACAACGAGAAAGCGUGCCACCGACUGCAUUAUUAAUUGCAAUCUCAAACAGAUAAUCGAGGAGUCAAAGUUCCUAGAGGUCGAUGCUUUGAGGGCCCUAGUGGGUGCUCUGGUAUCUGUCAACUCAUACGAUGAAGAUAUAUCAGUGUUUCUCCUGGAAGUUCUCCUGGAGGUGACGAUACAGAAUCGAGACAGAGUUAUGAGUAUCUGGUCGAUAGUCUUGGCACACAUGGAUGGAUUGCUGACAACAGCUGCCAGGGAGAAUCAUCCCUAUCUCCUGGAGAGAGUUACCGUUGGAUUAUUGAGACUGGCAAUUCGAUUACUCAGGAGUGAAGAAUUUGCAUCGACUGUCCUACCACCGCUGAUGCCACUUACCCACUUGCAGUCAGCUACAACAGCUCCUCUAGCCCGACAGAUAUCCUUCGGGUUAUUUGAACUCCUGAAGACAGGUGCUGCUAAUAUCCACACGUCUGAAGACUGGCGGGUGGUGUUCAACCUGCUGGAGUGCUCUGGUGGUGGUGCACUGGUACCAAAACAGCAGGGGAAUACAGUACUCGAGGAGACAGUGAGGACAUCAGUCCUGGAUCAGAGACCGAUAUCACCAGUGCCCGAGUGGGUUCUCGUAUCACCAACAGGCACUGAGGCACCACUUCCUGUCGCUGCAGACACUAUUGUCCUUGACAGGGAUCUCCUACCUCACGAUGCAGCAGCUCUCGUCAAGUGCUGCGAGUCCCUGACAUUUCUUGUACGUGAUGUCGCCCAUGUGACACCAUUCAACUUCGAACUCUGCAUAAGAUGCAUCAGAACACUUGCCGAGGCAGUUCUGCAGACACCAACCAAGAGGAUCAGACUAUCCCAGGGUGCUAUGGAGACACCUGGGUAUCAGGAGUGUCCCAUACAGCUGCUGGAGCUGAUGCACACGUUGCAUACGAGAACGGCGCAGGUGUUCAGGUGGUGGGCAGAGGAGAAUGGCAGCACUGAUAGUCUUUCGCUGUGGCCACACGCCUGGAGACCUCUUCUUCAGGGAAUAGCCAGGCUGUGCUGUGACUCGAGGAGACCCGUCAGGGCAACUGCCAUCACUUAUCUCCAAAGUACACUUUUGGCACACGAUUUGAGUCAGCUGAGCGCUGUCGAGUGGUCACAAUGCCUAGAGCAAGUUCUAUUUCCACUUCUUGCUCAGCUCCUGGGCCCCAUCUGCGGGAAUGAUCCAGUGGGGGUCGAAGAGACGAGGGUACGUGCUGCUAUGCUCCUGUCCAAGGUCUUUCUCCAUCAUCUCACUCCACUCCUCACUCUCCCAGGAUUCCUUCCACUCUGGCUGACUGUUCUCGAUCUCAUGAGAUCAUUCAUGCAUGCUGAUAACAGUGAGCUACUCUUCGAGGCCAUUCCUGAGAGCCUGAAGAACAUGUUACUCGUCAUGUCCAGCACUGGAGUUCUCACCACGUCGUCACACCUCUGGGAACCCACCUGGAGGACUAUUAAUAAUUUUCUCCCCAAUUUGAAAGGGGAAUUGUUCCCAGAACCUGUGAAGGUCGAAGAAAAAAUUGGGGGACAGACGUCAGUUCUCAGUCUUGUUGGAGCUUCUGAAGGGGAUAAGGGGGCAAUUGAGGCUGCAAUUCCAGUACUCGUGCCUGGGGUGAUGCAGCAGGUACUUGAUGAGAAAGGAGAAGAACUCAGGGAGGAGAUGGGAUCUGUGAUGACUGCGGGCCCCAGGGUCCUGGAUCAUGAGACCCUUGGCGAGAAUUCACCCCUCAGGCAGUCUCUUCAGGAUCAUGAGAACAGGGAGGUCGUUAAUUUGAUUAAUCAACCUCCUCCCAGUGUCUCCAGUCCUGUCGCUGUCCAGCCUACGCCUCAGAGCUAUGAAUUUUAUCAUGGAAAUGGGACCAGUCAAGAAGUCCCUGGAAGACUUCACGAGGAGAUCAAGGACGAGGUCAACGAGGGGAGGAAGGAGAGUCCUAGUAAAAAUUCCAUUCAGAUCAAUCAAUCAGUUCCAGCAACAAUGUUCAAUUCAGCAGCCUAUUUUGCUGAGGACCCAGCCGCUGAUCGCCUCUUCGCCGUGACGAAUCCUUGACGGCUGUACAUUUAUUAUGUAUAUUGUAACAUAUAAUUAUCUGUGUAUCAACAGUUGGAAAUUAAUUCGGAAUGAUUCAGGUGUCAAAAAUGUUGUCGAUGAGAUUUUUAAAGGAAUCAAAAAAGCUGUUUCCUCUGAGUUGUAUAUUCGGCACAUAAAUAUAUAUAUAUAAUAUAUAAUACAACAAAAUAUUCAGUAAUUUGUUCCUUUCGUCUUUGAAUAUAUCUUGGUUGAAUGGCACGCGGUUAAUUCUUCAGUAAAUGUCUACAAACCCCUACCACCGAUAAUUUAUGAAAUUUCGGUUAAUUCCAUGAAAUUAAGUAAUAAAA